CUGGUUCACAAUCGAGAUGAGCUUGAUAAUGAUGGGUACCGCUCAAUGGUAUUCUCGUGUGGCGAUAAUCGUCUGGGUCAGCUAGGGCUCGGAGUCCAUUCAGCUCCAGUUAAUACCCCACAGCUUAUAGAAGGGCUAGAAAAUGUGAAAUAUGUUGAUUGUGGUGCCUUUCAUAGCCUCGCUCUCAGCAAUGAUGGUACUCUCUAUACAUGGGGAUCUAAUCGAAAUGGUCAAUGUGGACAAACUGCCAGUGAUCUAUCAUUUCCCACACUUGUUGACAUUGGCGGAGCAGGAGAGAAUGGAGACGUUAUUGAUGUUGUUCAGGCUUGCUGUGGUAGUGAACAUACUAUUGCAUUGACGUCUCAAGGAGUCUGGCUGUCAGGAUCGAAUGGUUUAGGGCAGCUUGGUCUUCCAGAAGAAAAAAUGGUCGAAGAAUUCAAGCUGAACAAAAUUGUCGGGGAGGUUAUGGGAACAAGAUCAAAACCUUCUGAAUGGAUGAUCAAGUGUGGGAGGUGGCACACGUUUGUGUGGGAUUAGUUUUCCAUUGAGGGGGUUGUGAGGUCCUCAAUCCGCUUUCAUGUUGACAUGUAUAUUUCAAAAACAUCCAUUUCC